AUGUGUGCAACAAUCGAGGUUGAUUUAACACAUUCAAGUAGAAGCGUUGCUAGAGAGUUAGAUGUUAGCAAUGUUACUGUAACGGAGUAUCAGGUUAUACAAUUGUCCAGAAUACCAGAAAAAGACGCCCAAAUGGACAAUCCCGGCAAGAGACAUGGGAACGCACCAUACAAAAAUCUAGAAGAUGUAAAGGGGAAGUAUACUAUUCAAAAACAAAAACAUCCGAUGGUGAAAGUGAAAAACAAAUCCAAAAGACUGAAAACAACAAAGAAGCAAAUCAAAAAAGAAAAGAACGGAUCCGAAACAGUCUCAGAAAACGAUGACUGGAUUCCGAAAACGACUCCAAAGAAAAGAAACGUAGGUAGAAAAAAAUCUCAAGAUAAUACAGCAGACUCAGAAAAAAAGAAACCAGUGAAGAAACGUAAACCAAAGGUACAAAAUAAUGAGGUUGAAAAGAAGAUUAAGAUUAAAAAAGAAAAAGAAGAUGAUCCAGAAGAAAACGAUAUGAACGAGGAUCUAGAUUUUAGAUUUGAUAAUAGCGACUAUGACGAAAAUAAGUUUGAGUAUAUGUAA